AUGGCAGAUAAUCCCUCCCCGGAAACUCAGACGCGUUCGGACGCCCAGCAAGACGUAUUUGAUCACCACUCUGCUUUGGCUGAUAGCCGCAUACAAUCACAACAAAUGGAUGAUAUUACACAGCAUUUAAUACAUGGUGUCGAUGGCGUAACUCGAAGACCGACGCUAGGAUGGUUUAGAACACGUCAAGAAGCACGACAAUCAUCUGAAAGCCACGAGGAAGUGGUGGGUUCUCAAGUCGAGGGUGGAGAAACACGACAGUCAUCUGAAAAUUACGCGGAGACAGCAGUGAAUUCUCAAGCCGAGGGCGGAGAAGCUCGAUCCCUGGAGUUGGAGGACCAACCCAAUCCUUCGCCCUCGAUCUUCGAAGACGACACGAUGGUGAAACUUAAUUGUUAUGAGGAUUACCGACUUGAAAUUAUUGAAGAUCGACUUCUUCCAGUGUCUGACUGCGAAUCAGACCACUGUCCUAUUUGCCGGGAAAAAUACAAUACAAAAUUAGAUGCUCCUAUUGUGGUCAAGGACAAACGCUAUUGCACUGAUUGCCAAAGAUCGUUUAAUAUGAAGCCUGAUACCAUCAACUCUCACAAGGCUUGUGCAAUGCGAAACUGCUCGCACGUAUUUGGCAGAUACUGCAUUAUUCAGUGGUUGAAGAGCAACUCUACCUGCCCUCUGUACCGGAAUGCGGGAGAUCUCUGA